UGCAAUGAUUAGUCGAGUGUGAGACAGUCAACUGGAAGGUCCUCCGGAGCGCUUAAGCGAGUUUUCGUUCGCCGCUUUCAAGCUAGUUAUAUUUUAUUUUAGUUUUUAGUUAUCAUGCUGUGAUUUAGUGUAGUUUAUUUGUCAAAGUUCAAAACAGUUUGCGUUCUUCUAAGUGCGGAUUGCUUUUAUUUAAUUUAAUUCAACUUCAACUAUUGUGUUAAGUCGGGCAAAGCGGAGCAUUGUGAACGAUGGCGAUGUGUUUGCGAGGUUUAGGCUUAACGCGCGCUGCGAUGUUCUGGAGCCGGUAUCAUCAGCUGCUGAGAGGUGAUCGGAAAUUUUCCGUGGUCAGCAGUCCCGGAGUCAGCGCGUAUCUGGCGGAACAGAUCAGUACGACGACCAGACGUAUCGCGUCGAAUCGCACUCUGCACUCGAUUCACGACCGCACCCGUGCCACCAUCUCGGAACGUAGCCAUCUGAAAAAUGCGCGCCGCAUGGUGGUCAAGUUGGGCAGUGCGGUGAUAACGCGCGAGGAUGAACACGGUCUAGCGCUGGGCCGGCUUGCUUCGAUCGUUGAACAGGUGGCUGAGUACCAUGUCGAGGGUCGCGAGUGUAUCAUGGUCACCAGCGGUGCGGUGGCAUUCGGCAAGCAGAAGCUCACCCAGGAACUGCUGAUGUCGAUGUCGAUGAGGGAGACGCUAUCGCCGACGGAUCACACCCGGCAGGAUGCGGGAACGAUGGUGGAACCGAGAGCCGCUGCGGCUGUCGGUCAGUCCGGUUUGAUGUCGUUGUAUGAUGCGAUGUUUGCUCAGUACGGGAUCAAGACGGCUCAGGUGCUGGUAACGGAACCGGACUUCUACAAUGAGGAAACCAGGAAGAAUUUGUUCAGCACCUUGUCGGAGCUGAUCAGCUUGAACAUUGUGCCGAUCAUUAAUACGAACGAUGCCGUGAUGCCGCCGAUGUUCAUCGUAAAUAAGGACCUCCCGGGAUUGGGAAAGAAGGGUAUCAAAAUCAAGGACAACGAUAGCUUGGCAGCACUGUUGGCUGCAGAGAUUCAUGCAGAUUUGCUGAUUCUGAUGUCUGACGUCGACGGAAUUUACAACAAGCCGCCAUGGGAGGACGGUGCACGGUUGAUGCACACGUACACUUCAGCUGAUAAGGACUUGAUCAAGUUCGGGCAAAAGUCAAAGGUCGGAACGGGUGGAAUGGAUUCCAAAGUGACGGCUGCAACAUGGGCUCUUGAUCGCGGUGUAAGUGUUGUCAUUUGCAACGGCACUCAAGAGCGGGCGAUCAAGCUGAUUUUGACUGGACGCAAGGUGGGAACAUUCUUCACCGAAUCAACUGCGGAAAAGGCGGCACCUGUUGAGCAUCUGGCAGAGGAUGCUCGUAGUGGUAGCAGAGUGUUACAGAAUCUAUCAGCCAGCGAUCGAGCGCUGUGUGUGAAUACUCUAGCUGAUCUAUUGGUCUCCAGACAGUCGAAAAUAUUGGAGGCAAAUGCAAAGGACUUGGAUAUUGCAAAGAGGUCGGGAUUGGCAAAGCCACUACUGUCACGAUUGUCUUUAACUCCGUCCAAAAUCGAAAGUUUAGCUGUCGGAUUGAAGCAGAUCGCCGACGAUAGCCACAAGAACGUGGGUCGAGUGAUUCGCCGAACCAAGCUUGCGGAUGGACUAGAACUGAAGCAAGUCACCGUUCCGAUAGGUGUUCUGUUAGUGAUCUUCGAAUCACGGCCCGAUUCUUUGCCACAGGUAGCUGCGUUGGCUAUGGCCUCCGGUAAUGGUCUAUUGCUCAAGGGAGGCAAGGAGGCGGCUCACAGUAACAAGGCACUGAUGGAACUUGUUAAGGAAGCUCUAACCGCGGUGGGAGCUGCCAACGCAAUCUCUUUGGUUUCAACACGCGAGGAAAUCAGUGAUCUUCUCUCAAUGGAUGAGCACAUUGAUCUGAUCAUUCCACGUGGUUCCAGCGAAUUAGUCCGCAGCAUUCAGGAGAAAUCGCAGCACAUUCCGGUUAUGGGACACGCGGAAGGAAUUUGUCACGUGUACGUGGACAAGGAAGCUAACUUGGAGAAGGCUCUGAAGAUUGUUCGCGAUUCAAAGUGCGAUUAUCCGGCUGCUUGCAACGCCAUGGAAACACUUCUAAUUCACGAAGAUCUGUUGAUGGAUGGCAACUUCUUUACGGACGCCUGCAAUAUGUUGAAACGGGAAGGUGUCAAGAUCAAUUCGGGACCGAAGUUGCAUCAACAGCUGACAUUCGGACCACCCCAGGCCAAGUCGCUGAAACACGAAUACGGUGCUCUAGAGUGCACCAUUGAGGUGGUGAAAAACCUAGAAGAAGCUAUCGAUCACGUCCACACUUACGGUAGCGGACAUACCGAUGUCAUAGUGACGGAAAAUGAUACAUCGGCUCGGUACUUCCAAAGCCACGUGGACAGCGCUUGUGUCUUCCAUAACGCCAGUAGUCGGUUCGCCGAUGGAUUCCGGUUCGGAUUGGGAGCAGAGGUUGGAAUCUCCACUGCUAGGAUUCAUGCCCGUGGUCCGGUGGGAGUUGAAGGUCUGCUAACAACUAAGUGGAUCCUAAGCGGCGUGGAUCAUGCUGCAGCCGACUUUAGCGAUGGAUCUCGCAAAUGGAUCCACGAGUCGAUGCCUCUCGCUUGACUUGAACGCUUGCUAGCAAAGAUUUUCAAUAGGUUUAAGCAUUUGUAGAAAAUUCAAUUUAUCAAUUCAUUUGUUCAUUAACUAGUAGGCGUAUAUUGUUCAAUUAUCGCACGAAAAGCACGACCCAAUAAACGAAAAAUUUCAGUACA